AUGGCUUCAAAAACCUUCACAAAUCUCUUACUCUGGCAUAUUAUGAAUCUCCGCAGUGAGCAUAUUCGUCCAAAACUUCUUGUCACUGGCGAUGAAUUGAGCCAACACACGAAUGUCCUUAAAAUCGAUAUUGGUAUUCGUGUUGAACGCCUCCACCGGAAUAUAUUUCUCCGUCUUCGAUCCGUUUUCGAACGCCCUCAAAUGGGUUUCCCACGAGUACGACAAGCCGAGUCGUUUCUCUUUCGCCUCGCCGCACCUCACGACUUUCAGAUAAUCGAAGCAGUUAUUCAAAGCGAACUUCUUCAGAUCACUAUUGACCCCCGAAGUGGCAGAUUUUGGACGGAAAACGUCGAUUUUUGGAGAGAAUCUGGAUUCCCAGGACGACAACAAGGAAAUACAAUUCCAGGACCUGUUGGACGACACCUGGUUUUCAAGGAGAAAACGGAUUCUCACCAGGAAUUCGAUUCAAGAGAGAACUUGUGGGAGCCGGUUUACCAAGACAACCAGGAUUCUCGGGAUAUCCAGAGAGAAGGGACUUCCAGGAUUUCUAGUAAUCCGCGGAGAGAAGUGAAUGCCAAGACUGGAUGGGCCACCAGGAAGAUUUCUAGUAGGCCAAAGCAAGCUGUGGGCGGAUAUUCCUUGUUGUACAUUGAUGGAAACUAG